AUGAGCACGGGAGAGAAGCAUUUGGAGACUGGUGAGGCUACUGCAGCUCACUCUGAGUUUGUUGGAUAUGGCCCUAUGGAGGUUCCUCGCGUUACUUGGUGGAAGCACCGUGGUUUGCGCAAGUUAUAUCCUAUGAUGCCUAUUCUCUUUCUUGGUUCGACGAUUAAUGGGUACGAUGGGUCACUCUUGAAUGGGCUUCAGACGAUGACUCCAUGGCAAGAAUAUUUUAACAACCCGAGUGGUUCCACGCUGGGUCUUUUCACUGCUAUUCAGAACAUUGGUGGCGUCUGUUCCUUGUUCUUUUCCUCCUAUAUUGCUGAUUUGCUUGGAAGAAGGGCCGGAGUAACCAUUGGAUUGAUCAUUCUGUUGGUCGGGACAAUUAUCCAAGUGGUUCCCUCGGUCAACUCCAACAUGUUCCUAGCUGGAAGGUUCCUCGUGGGUCUUGGAUCCAAUGUGAGCCAGGGAUCCGCUCCUCUGCUCAUCACAGAGCUUGCCUAUCCUCAACACCGUGGAAAGUUGACGACGAUGUACAACACGCUGUGGUACCUAGGCUCCAUUGUCGCAGCAUGGACCGUCUUCGGGACAAUCAAAUAUACCUCCGAAGCAGCAUGGAGAAUCCCAGUCGGUAUGCAGGCAGCAAUGCCUCUCAUACAAAUCACAGGCAUAUGGUUUCUCCCAGAAAGUCCUCGCUGGCUGUGUGCAAAAGAUCGCCCAGAUGAAGCCUUCGAUAUCCUUGUCAAAUACCACGGAGGUGGCGACAGAGAUGAUCCAUUCUGUUCAUUCGAGUUCCAUGAGAUCCAACAGACCAUCCUCAUGGAAAAGAGGAACUCCAAGGAUGGAUGGCAAGUCCUGGUUCAAACUCCAGGAAAUCGAAAGCGACUGUUGCUCAUUGCACUAGUUUCGUUCUUUUCGCAAUGCUCAGGUAAUGGAUUGGUAUCAUAUUAUCUUCACGAUAUCUUAUCAUCUGUUGGAAUCGAGUCAUCUUACGAUCAGUCUAUGAUCAAUGGCGCCUUGCAGAUCUGGUCUUUGCUGGUUGCUGUUGGAUUUUCUGCUUUCCUCGUUGACGUCCUUGGUCGACGGACAUUGUUCAUGAUUGCCGGUGUUGGUAUGCUGAUCAGCUUUGCUGUUUGGACCGGGUGCUCUGCGGUAUAUGCUCAGACUGGUAAUACCAGCGCUGGCUCCGCUGUCAUUGCCAUGAUAUUCCUCUUCUAUGGCGUGGCAGGAUUCGCUUGGCCAGGUCUAACGGUGGCGUAUCCAGCUGAAAUCCUUCCGUUCAAUAUCCGAGCCAAGGGCAUUGCUGUUGGAAUGGCUCUAACGGCUCUGUCAUCCGUAUUCAACCAGUAUGUCAACCCGGUCGGUCUGGAAGCUCUGCAAUGGCGAUUCUAUUUCGUCUAUAUAGCGAUUCUGGUCGUCGAAUGUCUCUGUAUUUGGUUCCUAUUCGUGGAAACAAAGGGACCGACACUCGAAGAGAUUGCAGCGUUGUUCGAUGGCGAAGAUGCAAACGUGGCCAGCAAUGAGCUUCGGCAAGAGACCAAAACAGUGGAUGGUGCCGGGAUAAACAAGACCUAG